AUGGACACAGUUCAAGCAAUUAUUCAACAACAAAUCGAAGCGGGAACGUUUCUGCAAUCGGUUCAACAAGGACAACAAGUUCAACAGGAACAGACAAAUUACGGAGAAGAGGAUGAGUACGAAGACGAGGAAGGCACUUAUAAAGGAAAACGGAGCAACACUCUUCCGAUUUGGGGAAAUCAAGUGACAAUGAAUCUGAACACAUUGGUUCUGGAGAAUAUUCGAGAAAGCUACUACUACAAAAACAAUCUGGUGGAGAUAGACUCUUUUCAGACAUUGGUUGAACAGAUAUUCUAUCAGGUAAAACACCUUGAACCAUGGGAGAAAGGAACUCGACGUCUUCAAGGAAUGACUGGAAUGUGUGGAGGAGUACGUGGAGUUGGAGCUGGUGGAGUCGUCUCAUCUGCUUACUGUCUUCUCUAUCGUCUUUUCAACUUGAGAAUCUCUCGAAAGCAAUUGAUUAGUAUGCUCAAUAGUCGACAAUCGGUUUAUAUCAGAGGAAUCGGUUUCAUGUACAUCCGUUAUACUCAACCCCCAGCCGAUCUUUGGUAUUGGCUAGAGCCAUAUCUUGAUGAUGACUCUGAGAUUGAUCCAAGAUCCGGUGGAGGUGAUUUGAUGACUUUCGGACAAAUGGUACGGACAAUGAUCAAUAAAUUGGAUUGGUAUGGAACACUAUUCCCGAGAAUUCCAGUCCCAAUUCAAAAAGAAAUUGAUGAGAGAUUCGCAGAAAGAAAGAAAAAACAAUUGAGAGAAGAGGAUGAAUGGCAAGGCGAAUCGAGUGAGAAGCCAGCUGAAGAUGGCGAAGGAAUUGGGAAGGUUCUGCCAAAAGUAUCGAAGUGCAAGCAUCAUUUAAGACAUCACCAUUGUCGGAAACAUCGAAAAAAUUGUCCAGCUAAAGCUAAACGACUUCACGCAGAAAAAGAGAAAAACAAGAAGGAGAGAAUGGAUGACAAAUAA